GCCGAUAAUCCGGCAGGCACAAGAAUUCUAGGAGGCGUUGGUCUCUGCCUUCACGGCGGCCGCUUGUUGACAGUCAGUUCGAUACUACAACGGAGGGGUGGUUACCUCCGAGGAGCUCGACGAUUGUUCGAAGUUGUUACACUGCCGAGUUGCAUGCGUUAUGAAUAAUAGCCAUGCACUUUACUAACGACGACGAUGAUGCCGAUUUCGCAGUACAACCGGGAAGCUCGAAACUUGCAAAUUUAUUUUCUGAGAAUGACACUGCGAAAACUGGUAACAGUUCACUAACGUAUACACCUCCGAGGCAACCAUCCGUCGGCAAAAGUGCUGAUAAACAAUCGGCCUCGUCCGGCGUCUUAUCGCUACUAUGUGCUGCUGCUGUACAGGCAUUCAAGUAUGAAGGAAAAAAGCCAAGCAACCAAGGAAAAUUAGGUAUUGCAGUGCUAGGAAACCAUGACACAACAGAUUAUAGGCUUAUUUUAUACAGAGAGAAGCAGCAACAGGUGGCUCUUGCUGCGAUUAAUGCACAGUUUGUCAUUAAGGUACAGGGUGACAAUUUCUUGAGUUUUGUGGAUGAGAAGCGCUUCAACUGGUCUGUGAAGUUCGACAGCGAAGCAGGAUUUAUCAAUUUUGUGAAGCAGAUUGUCAUAGCAAAAGCUGAAAGUCAUGGCGCUGGCCUUGUCGACCUUGAAAACACCAUAAGCCAGGACCUAAUCCUUGGUGAUGGAGAGAGUGAGGCUCUAAAAAUUGGCAGUACCGCAGUAAUUAAGUACACUGCUUGGGUGCUGCGUGACCACAUCCUCAAAAAGGUUCUUGACACUACUGACAUUGAUGAGCCACAGAAGCUCAAGCUUGGCAGGGGAAAACAAGUCAAGGGUUUGGAGGAGGGCCUUGUUGGAUGUAGAAACAAUUCUCGCCGGUUCCUGGUGGUGCCUCCUUCACAAGGUUAUGGCUCCAAGGGCUUGGGGACCACUGUACCACCAAAUGCCAUUUUGGUGUUUGACAUAUCUGUUGGACCUAUUAGCAAGUCAAAGUCCACUACGAAGGACAGCACACCACGAUUGUCCACUCCUGUUUCUGUUGUAGCUGAGGAUGCUGACAGGAAAGAUGGAAGGAGUUAUUCGCAUGGCAGUGUGGAUGAACCGGCCCGUUCUAGAGCACCUUCUGCUCCCCUGGACUGGCCACCGCAGCAGCAGCCAGCCACAACUUCAGCCACAGCUCUAGCAGCAGUCGGCAGUGGUGAGAGCGACAAAGCACGGCUACUGUCGCGCAUGGCCAAAAUAGGAGCCCAAAUGCUGCCCAUGGCCGGACCAGUGCCAGCCCAGCCCAGCAGUGACUCUGAAGCGGAGGAGGAACGGCCACUAGUGACUCAGCAGGUUCCUGUGGCAGUGCCUUUGCCACAACCCAGUUCUAGAGGAGGCUCUCCCAAGCCAAUGGUAAAACCACGCACCUUCUCACAGCACUCUGUAGGAGAUGCAGUGGCACACCCUACUCUGAUUCCACCUACGCUGCAGCCCACGGUCAGCUCCUAUGCCCCAGCAGCCCCCAUCAUGCCUGCAGCCCCACACAUGGCCUUGUACCAAGCGCAGAGUCAGCUUGCAAGUACACUGGCUGCCUACCCUUACCAGCAACAGGGCCUCCUCCUGCCACCAGGAGCCCACUCCUACCCUGCUGCUCCGGUGCCAACAGCCACAAGUGUAGCAGUUGACAUGCAGUUACCUUUGCUGCUAUCAGAGACACGCUCACAGAACACAGAAGUCCGACUGGAUAUUUCCAAGCUAUCUGACAAGGUGGACACAAUCCUUGGAAAGCUCGAUGCAGUGAAGUCCCAGCUGCCUUCAGCUCCACAGUUGGGCUCUCACAUGGAUAGUGAUGUACUUCUUUACAACAUUCAAAGGAUAGUCCAGGAAAAUCAGAAGCUUAAAAACGAUAAUGGCGUGAAAGACCACAAGAUCCAAGGACUUAAUGAGAAGAUCUGUGACCUGCUGCAGAAAAACCAGAGGCUCAUGGAGGUGAGUAACAGCAUGUUUGAGCAGAGGAGUGAUGCUUUGCACAGCUCUGCAGCCAAUUCCCAGGCGCGCCUCUUGGCUUUGGAAACGGAGAAGAUGGAGGCUACCGAGCGCCUUGCCUGCGCGCUCUCUGAGCUGGCUACACUAAGAGCUGAGCUGACCGAAAGGCAGCAGAAAGAAGGCCAGGCUCAAAAGGAGCUUGAGGAGCUACGAAGUACAUCUGAAGGUAAAGUAGGCACGUUGAAGUCAUUGGAGGACAGCCUGAAAGAGAAGGAAGAACAGAGAAAACAUCUGGAAGAGGAGGUGCAGCGACAAAAAAAAGAACUGUACAACGCAACAUAUAAUCAUGAGAAGAAAGUGGCAGCAGUGAACGAAGCCCUUUCCUUAUGUCAGAAAGAGUGCGACAAUCUUCGAUCGCAAAUUAAUCAGCUGAGAGAUUUACACCAGGAAGAAGUCAAUUCACUCGCAUCAAGGAUUUCUGAGCUUGUUGCUAAAGGAGAAUCAAAAUUGAAAAAAGUUAUGAAUGUGCUAUUUAAGCUGCUUCAACUAGAGUUUGCCAGUCAAGAAACCUACUCAAAAGACGAAGCCCUGGAGAUCAUCCUCACCACCAUCAGAGAGUACACAGAAGAAUUCCUCCGGCAGGAGAGACAAGCACCUUCUGCAAGUAGCAAUAGUACUAGCAAAAGUUCCUCUGCAUCCACUGCGAGCAAUAGCAGCACUGGAAGCCCACCAGCCAGUGGCCCUAUUAAUGCCACUGCUAGCGCCCCAGCUAUUAAGGCUGCUGCACCACAACUGCAAAAAAACCUUGGAGAAACUGAAAAAUCGGAAAACAAGAACCAUGGGAGCUCUGAGACACCACUGGUGACAGAAGAGCCUUUGUCAACACCGCUGACGAUGGGCCUUGCUGGUGAUGAAAGGUCUGCCCAUAGCAGUGACCCCAUGGAGGUUGCACCUGAAGAUUCCGGCUUGAAGCUCUCUGUAGCCAAGGUGCCUGAAACAGCUGCAGAACCUGUGCACCUUGAUGUGCCAGUCGCCCAAGCUUGUGAAGAGAAAGAUGCAACCGACGGUACCAAAGAAAAGGGAUUGGGUGAUGCAGGGUUAUCAAGUUCGGCUGGCGGUAAGACUGGACCCAUGCCUCCAGCUGACAGCAAGAGUGUUCAGCCUCAGGACUGGACUUCAGGAGACAAUGUCAAAACCCGUGACACCAUGAAGAAUUGGUGUCUGUUACUUCAGGAAUCCUUUCUUGCAUCGCUUCAGCAAGCUAGUCAUGUGUAUGGACAAAACAUUCCUCCUGUGUGGAUGACCUUGCUUAGUUUGGCUGCCCUCAUAGUAAGCCUGCUAGCUGUGAGGUAUGGCUUAUACUACUAAGCAAGUCAUGGAAACCACAACCGCCACCACCCCCACUCUUUGACGAAUAUGAUGAAGAUGAUUGGUUGAACUGAGCCUGGGCCAUUGAAAACAUCUUGCAUUACUGGGUUCUACUACUUGCUGACCCUUGUGAUUUGACCACUUCCAUGACUACUUUUUCACUAAAGCAGUUAUUUAAAAAAAAAAGCAUUUUCUGGACAGUUUAGAUGGCGCAAGUCAGUGCUAGCUAUAGACAGUAAUUGAUUGGCAGCAACAUAAAAGCUUGUCUAAACUGUAGUCUUUUCAUGACAUAUUGUGCCAAGGUACGUAUCAGAUAUAUACAUGGAUUGCAGAUGAAGGUGUGUAUGCAGCAAAUUCUAUGUCAGUUGAUAUAUUUAAAUGUACAAACACAUUUUAGAUAAACUCUUAAGAUGAAACUUUGGUGUGUCAUUUUCUGUAAGAGAUGAGACAGAAGCACGUCUCUGAAGAUUGUCACAGUUGUGACAGCAGUCCUGCGUAUUGUAAACAUGCAUGUCAUUUUUUUGCUACCAGAGGCAGCUUUCGAUUUGUAAAAAUUGGCAUUUAUAAUUCAUAGAUCAAAAUGCAUUUAUUGAAAAAUUGGUUUAUUUGAAAAGCAUGAUGAUAGUAUAUUUUUUGGUAGCUUUUCUUUAAUAAUUGUGUGGUGUGAUUUUUAUAUGGAGUCAUUAACCAGCCUAUUUGUUGUGGUUGCACAGACACGUGUGCUAUGUGUAUGUUUCCAUCAGGACAUGAACGAUCAUAAAAGGUGCCUGUCUCUCUCUUACAGCCACCACAGGGAGCGAGGGCAGCGGUAAAAUGGGAAGGGCUGUUUAUUUGUUUUUUUUUAGUAUUAUGGGCAGCACCGCUUGCAUUGUUGUGUGCACUUUUUAUCGAUGGACUUGACAUUUAUGGGGAGCUCUUGAGUUCUUCCUCAACUGGCAAGCAAGUAGUGAGGCGGAUAUCGAUACACACUGUGGUUCAAAAUGUAAUGUACAGUUUCUAUUUGCAUGACAAGAUUACGCAAAAUAAGAAUGUUGGGUUUUUUAAGCAUUCUAAAUAUUGUACUGCCACUGCAGCUGUUGAUGGAAGGGUUGGAAGUGCUGUGCUAAUUGCUCCAAUCUGCGCCAACCUGAUCUGCGCCACCAAGAUGUGCUUAAAUGGCAAUUUACAUGUGCAAUGACAAGUUUAGUCGAGUUUUGUCAUCGACCGAGCAACACUCAACACGCGUGGGCUACACAAAGGACACAACCGCGUUCAUAUCAAAUUAAAUCGGUCAUGUCGUAUUUCAGUUGAUGCAUGAAUCUUGCGCCACGUGACUAGAAUGCAUGAAUCUUGUUAAGGUGGCAUUUGUGUUCAUACGUCAUUAUGAGACUCUGAGAGCAAAGCUGAUAAUAAAGACUGCAGUGGUGUUGCAAAA